GCACGCCUUCCUCCGCCUGGAGCCCGGGGCAGAGCCGGCAGAGCCCACGUCGAUGAAAGCAAAGACAGGCUCCAGCAGCGCAGCCAUGUCCACAUCCCUGCGAGUGAGCCCCUCGGUCCACGGCUACCGCUUCGACACGGCGCUGCGCAAGAAAGCCGCGGCCAACAUCUUCGAGAGCAUCAACGAGGCGUCCCUGCAGAAACUCUUCAAAAACUCCGGGGACAAGAAGGCGGAGGAGAGAGCCAAGAUAAUCCUCGCCACCGACCAGGACAUGGAGGAAAAAACGAGAGCGCUGAUGGCGCUAAAGCAGAGGAGAAAAGACAAACUGCUGCAGUUCCUGACGUUUCGGAAAUACUCCCUUAAAGUUCGCUGAGCUGGCGGAGGCAGCAGAAAUGGAGAACGUUUUGUGGCGGGGCUGUUUGAGACCUCCUGCCACACUCGGCAUGCUCUGCUGCCCCGUGGGCCUGGGGACCUGACAGCCCAAGCAGGGGGCUUUGGCCCCGCCGCAAAGCACGAGCCACGGCGGCAUCGCUGCGGGCAGCAGGCGGUGCCCACGGCAGCCUGGUGUGCCCAGCACUGGUGUGCCCAGCACUGGUGUGCCCAGCACUGGUGUGCCCAGCACUGGUGUGCCCAGCACUGGUGUGCCCAGCACUGGUGUGCCCAGCACUGGUGUGCCCAGCACUGGUGUGCCCAGCACUGGUGUGCCCAGCACUGGUGUGCCCAGCACUGGUGUGCCCAGCACUGGUGUGCCCAGCACUGGUGUGCCCAGCACUGGUGUGCCCAGCACUGGUGUGCCCAGCACUGGUGUGCCCAGCACUGGUGUGCCCAGCACUGGUGUGCCCAGCACUGGUGUGCCCAGCACUGGUGUGCCCAGCACUGGUGUGCCCAGCAACACUGGUGUGACCAGCAGCACCAGUGCCCAUGGCACAUCCAUGUGGACAGCAGGAUCAGUGCCCGUGGCACAUCCGUAUGCCCAUGACAGCACUGGUGUGCCCAGCAGCAUCAGUGCCCAUGGCACAUCCGUGUGGACAGCAGCAUCAGUGCCCAUGGCACACCAUUGUGGCCAGCCUGGUGGCCAGAGGCUGGCAGAAAGAAAGCAGCUCCCAGCCCGAGGCAGAGCUC